CAUACAGUAAGCAUAACUCUUUCUUAUACCUGCUCUGAAUUUAAUAAUUGCUUCUAGAGAAAAAUGCUGCUUGGAAGAGUAUCCAGUGAUAUUUGGUAUCAUUUCACUAAAGAAAAAGGAAAAGGUAUUUGUCGUUAUUGUAACGCAUCUAUUUCAAUGUCAUCCGGCUCCACAUCGAAUUUAAAGCGACAUUUACAAGGAAAACACCCGUUGAUUCCUUUGAAUAGACAGGAAAGUAAGGAGAAAGGAAAAGAUGCUGUUGUAAGUAAGGAGAAAGGAAAAGACGCUGUUGUUGACAUAAGUACGACUGAAAAUAAUGAAAGCGGAGAACCAUCUCAAAAAUCUGCAGAGCAACGAUCGCUUCCAGUUUCGUUCUCGUCUGGGAAACCACAGUCUUCCAUGACACAGUUCAUUGUAAAACGGUUGCCGAUUCAGAAAAGCAGAAGUAUUGAUACCCAACUAUUAACAAUGAUAUGCAGAGAAUAUCAUCCGUUAUCCAUAGUAGAGGAUAAGGAGUUCGUCAAAUUCAUCGAACUUCUAAAUCCAUCGUAUAACUUGCCAAGUCGAAAGACAUUAUCAAAUAGUUUGUUACCUGCCGUAUAUAAUGAGCUAUUGGAAAAGGUUAAACUUGACCUAAUAGAUCCUCCCACUAUAUGUCUCACGUGCGAUGGUUGGACAAGCCUAACAAACACAAGCUUUUAUGCCCUGACUGCACAUUUUAUCAAAAAUGGUAACCUAAAGUCGUAUUUGUUAGAGUUCACGGAAAGACACACAGGAGAAAAUAUCGCUGACUGGAUUAGUGGAAUUCUUCGUAAAUUCAAUAUUGAAUACAAAAUUACGGCAAUAGUAACGGAUAACGCUUCCAAUAUGAAGGCAGCAGCUGCAAAUUUAAAACUGAGACAUUUGGGUUGUUUUGCUCAUACGCUGAAUUUAAUUGUUCAAUGUGCAAUAACAAAUUCAAUUGCGGAGGUAGUAGACAAGUGCAAGACCACCGUUCAAUUUUUCAAAAAGAGCAGUCAUGCUUCUUCAAAAUUACGAGAAAUGCAAAUAAAACUAGGACAAAAAGAAUUAAAAUUUAAGCAAGAUGUUAUUACGCGGUGGAAUUCCACCUUCGAUAUGAUGGAAAGAUUACUACUUAGUAAAGAAGCAGUCGUAUCUACGCUAGCCCUGCUAGAUGCUACCCGAUGCACACUAAAUGCUAAUGACUGGGAAACCUACAAAGAGAGUAUUGAAGUUUUACGAACAUUUAACGACGUGACUAUUGAAAUAUCAUCUGAAAAACCGUUUCUCUUUCAAAAACUACAGUUAUAUCACGUUUGCUAAGUAGACGCCUUCGAGAGUUAGAAGAGUCUCCAAUUCCAAACGUCAAAAAGCUUGUUUUUGAGUUGCUCGAAGGGUUGAGUUCUCGUUUUUGAGGGCGUGAGUCCAACGAGCUAAUAGCUCAGGCAAUGCUCUUAGAUCCAAGAUUUCGAAAGCAGGGAUUCGGAGAUGACCAAAAAUUCCGUGCCGCAUAUCAAUCGUUACUGCACAAGAUACAACAGCUUCCAACAUCAUCAAAUGAAGAGUCCCAAGUUGAUCUAGUCGCUCAGCAAAUAGUGAGUCCCUCUUCUUUUUGGCAGCAGUUCGACGAGUCUGUAUUUAAGCUACAAGGAAAAACGGAUUCAACGGCAGGCAGUAUCGUUGAGCUUGAUAAAUACUUAUCAGAACCAUUCAUCCAUCGAACUAGUGAUCCACUAGCCUGGUGGGAAACGAGGAAGCAUAUAUAUCCGAAACUGUACCAGAUAAUGCUCAGAAGGUUGUGUAUUCCCGCCACAUCAGUUCCGUGUGAAAGGGUAUUUUCGAAAGCAGGGCAGUUGGUCUGUGAGAGACGUUCAAGAUUAUCGAGCAAGCAUGUUUCCGAGAUCAUGUUUGUGAAUGCCAAUACCCAUUAAGAAAUCCCGCAGCUAUACUUAAAGUGGCAGAAAAAUGACCGGGGAAAACUAAAUGUAAUGAACUAAAUAUUUUCUCCUUAAGCUUCAAACUAAAACUAUAUUUCUGAAGAGAAAAGUGCAAUCCAGAAAUCA